AUGUCGAUCGAGGACAAGCAGGCAAAGGGAAGCGCGGUGGAGGGCGUGGAGCUGCGCUCGAGCUCGUGGCACGCCGACAUCGCCGGCUGGGCGGCGCGCGUCUCCCACCGCCAGCUGUUCGCCCACCGGGGCUCCAAGGUGGUGGAGGCCGUCUACCGCUUCCCGUUCGACCAGGAGCGCGGCGCCGUGACGGGCUUUGAGGCGCGCGUGAGCGGCGGGCGGCUGCUCAAGGGCGUGCUCGAGGAGAAGCAGGCGGCGCUCGAGGCCUACGACGACGCCCUCGCCGCCGGCCACACCGCCAUCCAGCUCACCUCCUCCGCGGCCGAGCCCGCCACCAUGGAACUGGUCCUCGGCAAUCUGGCGCCGGGGCAGGGUGUACAGACGAAGCUGGACUAUGUGACGGAGCUGCAGGUGGAGCGCGUCGCGAGUGGGUCGUCGUCGUCGUCAUCGUCGCAGGUGUCGUCGUCGUCGUCGGUGUAUCGCUUCGUGGUGCCCAUCCACGGUGCGACGCCGGCGGGGCAGCACGAGAAGGAGGUGGUGACGGUGUCGGCUGCGAUGCCGGAGCGCAUUCAGGGCAUCACGUCGCCCUCGCACACCCUCUCCAACCUCUCCAUCAACGGGAAGCAAGCGACGGUGAGCGUGGUGGGCAAGGACAUGGCGGCGACGGACGUCAUCAUCGAAAUCGAGACCGAGAGGGACGCGGCGCAGAAUGGCCACAUCACGGCCCUCGUGGGCAAGCUGCCCCUCGACAAGCUCUCGAGCGUGAAGCCCGAGCACGAAUACGCUGCUGUCGUUUCGCUCACGCCCGUGCUUGAGGUCGAGUGCAGUCCCAAGUCGGAGAUCAUUUUUCUGGUGGAUCGGAGCGGGUCGAUGGGGGGUCAGCCGAUGGUGGAUUCGGUGCGCACGCUGCGGCUGUUCCUCCAGAGCUUGCCCACGAGCGUCACCUUCAAUAUCGUCUCCUUCGGCUCGCGCUACUCGUCGCUCUUCCCGAAACCCGCCCCGAUGAACAACGCCAACCUGCUCGCAGCGCGCAAGUUGCUGGACACGAUGAAGGCGGACAUGGGAGGCACGGAGAUCUUCCAACCGCUGCAGCACAUCUUCUCGACGGAGCCCCAGGCCGGCUUCUCCCGCAACAUCUUCGUGCUCACCGACGGCGACGUUUCCAACAUGGAUAGCUGCCUCAAUUUGGUGAAGGAGGCGUGCAGCAAAUCGCAGCUGACCCGCGUCUUUUCGUUCGGUAUCGGCCAUGGCGCAAGUGUGCCGUUGGUGCAGGGCAUCGCCACCAAUGGCCGCGGCGUAGCCGAGUUCGUCAGGCCCGAGGAGCGGAUCCAGGCCAAGGUGCUGAGCUCCCUCAAGAAGGCCAUCCGCCCGCAGCUGGUCAAGCCCAGUCUCGCCUGGGGCACCACCCACAACGUCCUCUCCUCCGCUCUGCCGGAGGUGCUGACGUUCAACGCGCGGUGCUCGGUCUUUGCGUUCCUACCGCCGGCCCUCAUGAAGGAGACCAAGGGGGGCGAGGGGGCGACGGCCGAAAUCGUGUUUACGGCCAAGGGCGACACCACGGCGGAGGCCUAUCGACAGGUCUUCAGCCUCAGCGACGCCGACGUGUUUCAUGGUGAUGUGAUCCACUUGCUGGCGGCCAGCGGCCUGUUGCGCUCGCUCGAGGCCAAGGGAGUGGCCCAGCACCGGCAGAAGAUGAUCGAUCUGAGCAAGGAGUUCGGCGUUCUCUGCUCCCAGACCGCCUACACUGUCGUCGAGGAGCGGGACGAGGCGCUGGAGGACACGCCCGAGCUGGUCGAGGUCACGAUUGCCGUCGACACCGACUCUGCCCAGCAGGCCGAGGAAUUGGCCCGACUCGAGGCCGAGCGGCUCGAGGCCGAGCGACUCGAAGCCGAGCGGCUCGCGGCCGAGGCCGAGGCCGAGCAGGCCGCCAACAAGCGGAGCGUGGAGGAGGAGGAGCGCGAGCUGAGCGAGACCGACCCCUUCGCCUGGGCCCAGUUCGUGGCGCCCCACACGUUCGGCGACGUCGCGGAGGAGAUCCAGACGUGCGUGCUCGAUCCCGGCACGCACCUGUUCAAGGCGGGCUUCGCCGGCGACGACGUCCCGCGCGCCCUCUUCCCGCCGGUCAUCGGGCGACCGCGCCACCGCGGAGUGAUGAUCGGGAUGGGCCAGAAGGAUUCGUACGUGGGCGACGAGGCGCAGAGCAAGCGUGGCAUCCUGACCAUGGCCAACGCCUUCGACUUUGACCUCUCCUCCACACCGUGGUCGUCGUCGUCAAAGGCUCCCGCGCGGGGUGGCAAGGCCAGCCAAACGAGCGACCCGGCAGUCGACGCCUCGAUCAAGCUCUCCGCCACCGAGCAGAACAAGAUGGACGCCAUCCUCUUCUCCCAAAACGCCGACGGCAGUUGGGAGCUGAACGACGAGCUGGCGCGAGCGCUGGGCAAGGGCCUGGGCGAGCUGCAGCGCGCGAUUCCCGCCGAUGUCCAGAAGCUGCACGGCGCGGCGGCCGGGCAGGUGUGGGCCACGGUGCUGGCGCUGGCGAGCCUGGCCGCCUGGUUCCAGGCCGUCGAGGACGAGUGGGAGCUCAUCGCCGCGCGCGCCCGGCGCUUCCUCGCCGGCCUCCACGUCGCAGCCGACCUGGCCUCGCUCCUCGCCCUGGCCACCCAGUUCCUUUCCACGUCCAACGAGUGA